GGAGAAACUUUCUUAUUGGCGGCCAACUCCCUCCCAGCCUCAAACUCAUAGGGAUAAUAUCACGUCUCCCAUUGGCUGCCGCUCUCUACUGGCGUCCGGUGAUUGGCUGCGACCCAAGCACCUCUACUCUCUCUGUCGAGCCGCUUUUUCUUGCGGAGAACUAAAUAGCGCAGAGCCCGUAACAGUGAGCCCGGGGACUCGCAGAGGCGAUUGGAAGCUGAGACUCAGACAAGUAGCGAUUGUUGUUACCGGAGUCCGGACACUUCUACCUGAAGCCUUCACGUGCCAGAGCUUAUUCUGUGUUUGGGAGCAGGAGUCAUUCAUAGGAUGGAGAGGAUGGCACAGAUAGAAAAGGUGUUCAGGUGCACAAAAGACUCUGCACAUGUCACUAUACUGAGAUUUCUAUCGCUAUUGUGAUGCCUGACAUGGGAAGAGAAAUGAAAAGACCCACAAGCAAAUUCUGCUUCAGAGUUUUCCUCAGGUGUCUCAUUGUCAGUGGGUUCCUUCUGUUGUUCCUCUACAUCUGCAAGGCAGGACAGGACUCACAAACGUGCAACGUGAGGAUUGUGGACCCUGAGCACAUUCAGUAUCCCUUUAAUUACCACCAACAUGCCGGAGCUGCUGAUCUCUUGUUGUGGCUGAAAUAUAACCCGGAGGAGUGGAUGGAAAGCCAAGCAAACUCUCGGCUGAAUGGUGAACUUGUUCCCAGAGAGCAAAGACAUUUGCCAGAGAUGUGCUGCAAGCCCAGUGCAGACCUGCCUUUGCCAGGACCCAAAUGGAACGGUUGUUUAGUAGUAAAUACACCAAGAACUUGUCUAGUUUCAUGAAGAAGGAUAAAAGCCUCAACGAAUCCCUAUAUAAACACGGGCCUCCGUUUGGCUUCCGCCAUUAUGUUGAUCAACUCGGGGACCUGUUGGAAAUGAUGCCAGAAGACGGCCUGCCCAAGGGAUUACAAUCCAAACACUGCAAGAGGUGUAUUGUCAUCGGAAGUGGUGGGAUCCUUCAUGGGCUGGACCUUGGACAGGAGAUUGACCAGUAUGAUGUUGUUAUCAGGUUAAACAAUGCACCUGUGCAAGGAUAUGCACAAGAUGUCGGGAACAAGACAACCAUUCGGAUGACUUAUCCAGAAGGUGCCCCUGUGUCGGAGCAGGAAUACUUACACAGCAGUCUCUUUGUCACGGUGCUCUUCAAACAUGUAGAUUUCAGGUGGCUGGAGGCAGUGCUAAAGAACCAAAAGCUGUCUGCGUGGAACCGGUUAUUUUUCUGGAAGAAGGUGACAGAUAAAAUUCCACUGAAUUCCAGCCAGUUUCGUAUCCUAAACCCUCUUAUUAUAAAAGAGACAGCGUUUGACAUCUUGGAAUACCCUGCACCUCAGAGAAGAUGGCUGGGCUGGGACAAGAACGUGCCAACGAUAGGUUUGACGGCGGUUAUUCUGGCCACGCACCUGUGUGAUGAAGUGAGCCUCGCUGGUUUUGGCUAUGAUCUGCGCCAGCCUGAAGCUUCCUUGCACUACUAUGAUAACCUCUGCAUGAAUGCCAUGAACGGACAGCCUAUGCACGAUGUAACCAAAGAGAAGAAAGUGCUCCGGACUUUGGCGAAAGAAGGUGUCGUUAGGGACCUCAGUGGAGGGAUACACUGUGCUUUCUGUGACACUCCGCAGCUGUACACGGAGUAGGAAGGUGGCCCGACUGUUUGUGUUUGGUUGCCAUAACUUGGACCAAAGCCAUAAGGCUCUUCUCUCCCACCACGGUGCUCGGACAUUAUCCAACAUCAGUGAUCUGACAAAUGGAGUCAUUCAGGCAGCUUCAUGGCACGGAGAGCUGAGGAUUAUACCAGUCCAUGGGAGCAGCAACAUUGUUCCUGCAGGGCCAACCUCUCAGGCUGGAAAUGUUUUUUAUUAUGCAAAACAGAUUUAUGUAGAGACUGUUGGAACACUGGAAUACGAACGAGUGAUAACUCUGGUUAACUAAGCUUUUUUAUACAACACUGUAAUAUCCAAUCACUGGUAUGGCCUUCCACUGGAAAGGAAAGAGGUGAAGCAUGUUCUUUUGUCUCCACAAUGCAGAGAUGGGGUCAGCUGGGAUGUUCCUAUAUCUAUUGCUUACGGGAUACGCUUGUGCAGCCAUGCUGGUCCAUUGGCUGGAGGGAGCUGAAGGCAACAACCAAUCAUAAGAAAGCAGCCCUGCACAUCAGGCACCCGCAUAUCACUUAUGAAUAAAUUCGGAUUUCAUGC